GGAAACUCAUUUUUUGGCUUCUGAUAAUAGUGUCUAAGAUAACACCAUUGAUAACCAAAACUAGUCCGAAACAAUGGAAGAAGCACAAGUUGCUGACAUUAAUUUGGAGACCAAUACAAACCACCUAGAUCAAGAUCAAGUAGUCCGACCUCCUCGACCACAACGUGAGAGGCGUGUCCCUCAAAGGCUUGAUGAUUAUGUUUGCACCAUGCCCCAGUCUGUUAUGCCUAUGCAAGCUCUAUCUCAAUCAACUAACUCAAGUGAUCCCUAUGCUCUAUCUAAUUGUGUCUCUUACAACUUCUUUUCAUCCACUCAUCUCAAUUAUUUAGCAGCCAUCUCUUCCAUAGAUGAGCCUAAAUCCUUUUCUCAGGCCAUUAAAAAUGAAAACUGGCGAGAAGCAAUGAGGCAAGAGAUUGCUGCACUUGAGAAGAAUGGCACUUGGACAAUUGAGACAUUGCCUCCUGACAAACGUGCAAUGGAUUCCAAACGGGUCUAUAAGAUCAAAUUUAAGCCAGAUGGAACCGUUGAACGGUACAAGGCUCGCUUAGUAGCGAAGGGAUUUACUCAAAUUGAAGGGCUUGAUUUUCAUGAGACCUUUGCUCCUGUUGCUAAAAUGGUCAUUGUGAGGACAUCACUGGCUCUUGCUUCGAUUAAGCACUGGGAACUGCAUCAAUUAGAUGUCAAUAAUGCCUUCUUGCAAGGUGACUUACAUGAAGAGGUAUAUAUGAAAAUACCACAAGGUUUUACUUGCAACCAGAGCAACAAAGUUUGUAGGUUGCGGAAAUCACUUUAUGGACUACGACAAGCAUCUAAGAAUUGGUUUGAAAAGUUUACAACCUCUCUUGAAGCAGUUGGGUUUAAGCAAUCAAAGGCAGAUUAUUCCUUAUUCACAUUGGCCAUUACUGAUAGUUUUGUUGCAAUAUUAGUUUAUGUUGAUGAUAUUGUCAUCACCAGCAAUGAUGCUAGAACAACAGAAGGGAUAGUUCUGAGCCAACGAAAGUAUGCUCUCGACAUACUCACAGAAUCAGGCAUGCUUGGGGCAAAGCCUAGUUCCUUUCCCAUGGAGCAGCAUCAUCGUCCCGGGCUUGCAUCUAGUUCACCUAUACCAGAUCCUUCACAAUACAGGAGGCUAGUCGGUCGGCUCCUUUACUUGAUAAUAACACGACCAGACAUAUGCUAUUCUAUUGAAAUCUUAGCACAAUUCAUGGAGGAACCCAAACAGGAACACUUUGAUGCAGCAAUGAAAGUGUUACGUUAUGUUAAGAACUCACCGGGACAAGGGAUAUUACUCUCCUCUUCUAGUCAUCGACAUCUUGUUGCUUAUUGUGAUGCAGACUAGGCUGGUUGCCCACUGACACGGCGCUCAACAACAGGUUAUUAUAUUUGUCUUGGACACUCGCCUGUUUCUUGGCAGUCGAAAAAGCAAUCAAUUGUCUCUCGCUCCUCCGUUGAAGCUGAGUAUAGGGCCAUGGCAUCAACUGUCAGUGAGCUCACUUGGUUAAAGUCCUUGCUUUAUGAUCUUGGGAUAUAUCACUUGAAGCCAAUGACAUUGUUUUGUGAUAACCAAGCUGCCUUACACAUUGCCAAUAAUCUUGUGUUUCAUGG